AUGUCUUUAGACACCUACAUUAUCAUUGUUAUUUGAAUCUAAAUUGAAAUGUGCAAGUAAGAAAAAUUAAAAAAACAGUAAGUACCUUUAAAAAUACUUUUAAUUGUGGUUCCAAGCCACAAUGCAGAAAAAAACUUCAAUAGACGCUCUACACCACAUCCUAUCAUCGUUCAGACAGUUCGAGAAGAAGCUUGAUAAACUCCAAUAUGACGUGAGUUUCCACGGCCAAACCUUAACUGGUCUUAGCGCAAUGAUCGCAAACCUUUCAGGCACUAUAGGAUACGAAGCAAAAGUCGAUAAUGUUAAAGUCGUGAAUAAAACUACGACUAUAGAUAGCCUCAUUGAGGCACGCCAUAAGACGAAAGGGAAAGCUGCUGUAAGGUCCAUUCCAGCUGCUAAAGUGGUAACAAAAAGCUGUCAAGGUCAGAAGUAUGGACUUCAACCGAUAAAGGAACCAUCACUGUUUAAUAUAAAGAAAAUGGGCUCAGCAGCUAAACGUGUAAUGAGACAGAGAAAAGCUGAGGCGCCUCGUAAGGCGACUACUUUAAGACCCAAGAAAAUAUCGCCGAACAAGUCUAAGAGCCCACCACAAAAUUAUGAGUAUCCUAGUCAAUUUAAGAGUUCUAUAUAUGAAUCACAAUUAAUAUUACAAUAAUUAUGAAAAUAUA